AUGCCCCGCUGGACGCAAGAGAUUGCCGAAGCUUUGGACGACUAUCGUGACGAGCUUGAUGACGGCACCUAUGAUGACGAAGAAUCUCUUUCAUUGGAAGGCGAUUCGCUCCGUGCCCAUGUUCCUCCGGCGCGAAGUUUCCAGUCGACUACGAGCCGGGAGGACCCUGCAGUGAAGACGAAAAGGGCAUCUCGGACCGCACCAGAAGUCGGUGUGCACAGCAAAGCAACCAUGAAGGCGUCGAACAGGUCUGAUCCUGUUGCGGGGAAGCGUGUAUUGCACUCUGCGAAGAUUGUAGAGACGUCGACGCUCCCAGCACAGCAGCCUCAACCUGCGACGGUGCGCAUGACGCCGACCGCGCACCCACAAGAGAGCAAACCCAAGCGUGACGCUGCCUCCAGCCGAGGACGCCUAGCUGAAGCACUCCAGGAACAGAGCUGCCGUCAUCUUACUGUUGUAUUCGCUGGUCAUGUAGACGCUGGCAAGUCAACGCUCAUUGCGCAAAUGCUCAUACAACUAGGAGGCGCGACCUUGACAGAAUUAUCCCAUGCUGACCAAAGAGCUUUCCAGACGCCCCAAGAAGCUCCUAAUCUUGCUUGGAUGUUGGACAGCGAGCAGAGCGAGCGGCAGCACGGGGUCACUGUGGACAUGGCUAUACGUCAAGCGUCGCCUCCGGAUGGAACCUUCACGAUCAGCUUUCUGGACUGCCCUGGGCAUCAGGACUUUGUGCUUGCAUUUCUUCGAGGAGCGUUCUUGGCGGAUCUUGGGGUUCUGGUUAUUGACGCGCGUCCAGGUGCGUCUGACUGGGCCAUCGAGGAUGAGCGUGGUCAGACCCGGCGACAUGCCCAGAUUCUUCGUCAUGUUGGCGUUGAGCAGCUCGUGGUGGCGAUAAACAAAAUGGAUAGCUGCCAUUACGACGAGUCACACUUUGUGGCUCUGCGGAGAAGACUGGACCACAUGCUGUGCGGCGAACUUGGCUGGCAGCAAAUCGUUUACGUGCCGUGCAGCGGUCGAUACGGCGAGAACACCGUGGACGGUACAGCGCCUGCUCAGCUCCGUGAAUGGUAUCGACCACCUGAGUAUGAGCCUUUGUCACUUUUGGGAGCCAUGGAUAGGUAUUUGCGCUCUAGUGCCGCAUCACGCGUGACGCGUCUCAGGGAGCCUGGGAUCUUUGCGGUGCUCGCUGCGGACAGCACGACCUUCAUGGGGACGCUUCUGACCGGCACCCUAUAUGACGGCCAAGCGGUAACACUCUGGCGGACAAACGGCGAUACCCUGGACUGCGUUCUCGACAGCAUCGAGACACUACCGGAACGCCUUGCCGUCGAUGCGCUCCCAAGUCGUUGUUUCGGCACGGUGCGGCUAUCCGCUCGAGGGCGGCAGCGAGCCAAGUCCGAUGCCGGAGAGUUUGCCAGCAGCGGGGCGCUCAUGAUCACCGCCCCGGAAGAGCAGCGUGUGCGUUUCGCGAGUCGCAUUCGAGCCCGACUGUUUGGACUCGCCUCAACGAUGCCCGUCCUACCAGGUCAGCGACUGGAACUUUUUACGGCAGCCGUAUGGGGCAUUAUCGUUCGUAUUCGUUCAUUGCACAGUGACGAUACUGGAAGUUCGCGCAAAAAGCUGCGACGGCUCCCGGAAAACGCUUUCUCUAUCGCAGAAAUAACUUGUGUAAUGGAAGGCAGUACAGGGAUCGGAGAACGAGAUGCAUUGCUCGGGGAAGAUAUCGCGCUGCAACCGUUUGCGCUCGCUAGUAGCUCCCGUGAGCUGGGCUGUUUUGUGCUCCGUUUUCGCCAGAACCUGGUGGCAAUAGGUGAAGUCAUUGCCUUGUGCUGA